GCAACUAACAACCUGAUUAAAAACUGUUAUCUCUAUGUGUGCUACUGUUAUCUUUUGUUUAAUUGUGUUAUGCGUCGGAUAAAACCUCAAUUUUAUUAUCUGGGAAUUUCCGAAUAAUUUUAUAAUGCAGUGGUAAAGAAAAUUGAUAAUAUUGAUAGUGUCAUAAAACUUCGAUAAUUCCGUGAAAACAUUCAUUUGUGAACAAUUUAAUUUUCAAUCAAAAUUUCCAUACUUGAAUUUAUUUUAAAAAUAUGUCAAAAACUUCAUAAUUAGAGGUUGCCGAUGAUAUUUUUUUCCAUUUGGAAUAAGAUCAAAAAACAAGAUUGUUUUGUUCCAAUGUCGGUGAAUUCAUCAGAAUAAUUUUUUUUUUUCAUCUCUCAUAUGCUUGAAACAACGUUAGAAUCACAAUAAAAGAAAAGCACUUUUCUGUGUGAAGAGUUUUCCCCGAAUUCUGAAGACUACUCCAAAUUCCAAAAAUGAUUCCAGCUCGUCUUGUAUUGACGCUACUUGGUUUCUUUGGCUACAUUAAUAUUUAUGCCAUGCGAGUUAAUCUAAGUGUAGCUAUGGUCGCCAUGGUUAGAAUACCUCGUUCAGACAAUAGAACUAAUGAAACAAAAAUCACGUGCCCAGAGCUUAUACUUAGUAGAAACACAACAACACAAGAAGAUGAAUUUUUACCCGAUGGUGAAUUCGAAUGGAACUCUAAUAUGCAAGGGCAAGUUGUUGGCGCCUAUUUCUAUGGAUAUCUUUUAAGCCAAAUACCCGGAGGAAUGAUAGCUGAAAAAUACGGUGCCAAAUGGGUCUAUGGAUUAGGAGUCCUAUUUUGUGCCAUUGCCACUCUACUCACACCCACAGCUGCAAGGCUGGAUGUGUGGGCUUUGAUAUUUGCGCGUGCCGUUGUUGGAUUUUCCGGGGGGAUAGCUUAUCCUUCAAUGAAUGUUUUGGUGAGUCGAUGGGCACCAAAAAUGGAAAGAAGUCGUAUCUCAACUGCGAUGUAUACAGGUGGACUGAUAGGAACACUCAUCACAAAUGUGUUUACUGGUAUUCUGAGUGAAAGCUCAUUUCUCGGUGGAUGGCCGUCUAUAUUCUACAUAUGUGGAACAUUCGGGUGCUGUUGGUUUAUCUUCUGGGCAGUGCUAGCCUAUGACACACCAGAUGUCCAUCCCCGAAUCUCUAAAGAGGAAUUAGCAUACAUCCAAGACAAUUUAGACAAAUCCAGAUCAGAUGAUGUCAAAACACCAUGGAAAUCAAUAUGGACAUCAGUGCCAUUUUGGGCCUUGAUUAUAGCUCAUUUUGGACAGAAUUGGGUAUUUUACAAUUUUUUGACCAUGAUGCCUACUUAUCUAUCGAAUGUUUUACAUUUCGAUUUGAAAGAUAAUGGAAUUUUGUCCGGCCUCCCCUUUCUGAUGAUGUCACUUUUUGCAUUCCCUGCAAGUGUUGUCGCAGAUUUUCUCAGAGCUGGUGGUUAUCUCCAAAUCACCACUAUUAGGAAACUCAUCACCGGAAUUGGAUUUUUUGGACCAGGGCUGUGUGCUGUAGCUAUAGGCCUCAUUGGCUGUCACCCAAUUAUCAUAAUCAUAUUAUUUUCCUUAUCCUACGCAUUAAAUGGAUUAGUUUACUCUGGGUUCAUGGUUAACCAUGUUGACAUGAGUCCACGUUUCGCUGGCACAUUGUUUGGAAUAACAAAUGCAAUAGCAACUUUACCAGGCUUUAUGGCACCUGCAUUUGACGGAUAUAUUCUCAAAAGUGGGCAAACUUUGGGAAACUGGGAAUUUGUGUUUUUAAGUUCAGCAGCCAUGCAUUUUGUGACGGGCUUCAUCUACAUGUUGUUUGGUUCGGCUGAUCUUCAACCAUGGAAUGACCCUGAGAGCGACGAUGCUGAAAGCAAAAAGGAAAUGAAAUGCAUCGAAGACAUCUCUCACAAAUUAAAACAGUAGUGAAAUAAGUUAUUGUGUAAAGUGACCAAUAUAUCAUCAUGCACAAAGCCAUUAGAGUCAUCGUGAUCAGCCUUUAUCAUCGUAGCUUGGUGAUUUCCAUUUGAAAUGGCGAAACUAAUAAUCUCAAAAUGGUGGUAAAAGUUGAAAAAAACUCACUAGUGAUAUAAACAUUUUGAGCAAUCUUCACACAUUAUGUUAAUGUGGAAUUUGGAAGAAUUUGAACCAGUGUAUUAUUUAGGUUUUAAGAAAAAUUAUUGACAAUCAUUUUGAAUUUUAAACAGUUUAGGAAGAAAUGAGUCAGUUUUUCCAUUAGUUUAUACAGCUUUUUAAUGAUUUUGUUUGUAAAAUUAAUAUAUAUUUUAUCAAAUAAGUCAAAUUUAUAUUUUACAAAUGCUCAUUUUUACGCUACAUAUUAGAAUUUCCUAACUGAAAUAAAUCUGUGAUACUAAGGUCUCA